ACGUUGCCACUUCGUAGCAGAGCGACCGAGUGCGGAGCGGCGAGGGGGCGAGGAUGUCUUCCCCACCCAGGGAGAAGGUGGAAACCAAAGCGGGCCACCCUCCUGCUGUUAAGGCAGGAGGUAUGCGCAUUGUGAAAAAGCACCAAGGUUCUACAGCUCAGUCUUCUGCUGAGAAAGAUAAAGAGAGUGAAGAUUGGGAAACCAACAGCCCUAAACCAUCUGUACCAAUAAUUAUCUCUGGUGCUUUAGCAAGGGGGGAUAAAGACUUUCCACCUGCUGCUGCACAAGUUGCCCACCAGAAGCCUUCUCCAUCAGUGGAGAAACUGCCUAUUUCACAUCAGAUCAAUCAUUCCAUCCAUCAGCCUCGCAAGUGAAGAGUCCAAUGCCUUGAAAUGAAUGUACAGAUAUUGGUGCAGAUCAGUAAUCUUAUGGGAGAUACCCCAGAUCAUUAACCGGUCUCCUAAUGUCCUGGCUAUUUGAAAGUUUCUAUCUUCCUAAGAAACACAUGAUUUUAAAUUUUGUAAACUGUGUCAAAAUGCAUUUGGAAAUAAUUAGCCAUUUUUAAUUAAA